UCUCACAAAACUCUCAGUCUAUAAUAUAUACUCGGCUUCUCCUCCUCCUACAUUCCUAACCAAAACAAAUUGUGUAUUUUUCUCUAUUCAAAGGACUUUAUCCAUUUCUUGUUUAUCAAAAAUAUUGAACUAUAUGGAAAAGGCAAAGCAAGUUGUUGGUUCCUCUUCUUCUUCUUCAUCGUUCACCAAUGAACUCUUUGGUCCAAAAAAGCCCUCAAACUCGUCCCUCUUUGGUUCUGUUUUUGGUCCAAAUUCCACGAUAAUGGAUCUAACAGAAGCAGGGGAGACAAAUACUAAGGACAAGACUUUAAUGUAUCAAAAUGAAAAAGUAGAAGCUCCAUGUAAUUUAAGCUCAUCCAUCUACUAUGGUGGCCAAGAUGUUUAUCCUCCAACUACCCAGACCACUGGCUCCCUGAAUAAUAUUGUCAAGAAAGAUGGGAGAGACGAUGGUUCAAACUCUGCUUCAAGAGGAAAUUGGUGGGAGGGAUCACUUUACUACUAAUAAGGCCUUGCCUUUGCCUAUAUAAAUUUCUUCUCUAUAAUAUUUAGGAGUUAAGAAAAAGCAUUCUUGACCAGCAAGGAGUGGAAGAUGUUACAUUUCAGUCCCUUUUUUUUUUUCUUUUUUCUUUUUUCAGCUUGUACAUCAGUAUAUGAGUUCCUCUUUGUAUAGUUGCUGAACUUCUCUUGUGUAAUGUAUUUAUCUAAUCCAAAUCCAACUAAUUAUUCUAA